UCUUGUUCAUGCGAAAAAAGGAGGGGGAGGGGAAGCCUGCUCUGCUGCCCCGUUGGGGAGAAGCUUCGGGUUGCUUUCUUGCUUGAAGAUGAUGAGAGCAAGAGCAAGACAAGAAGCCCUUUCAUGUUUGAGGACCUUCGCCGAUCUACUGUACUAUUGUCUGUCAAGUUGUUCGCCGUCAAUGAGCACGAGGACACAGUGUGCGAAAGGGGAAGGGAGAACAAGGGGCGCCUACAGCCUACAGCGCAAAGAAACUUUUGGCACGCCACCUCCGAGGUGGUUCGGUCAAGAAGGGGAGGGACAAGGAGCCCUAGUCCAGAUCAGCUUGCGUGCAAAUGGUUUGCUCGAUAAAGACGUGUUCUCGAAGUCGGACCCAAUGGUGGUGGUUGAGUUGUCGGAGACCUGGAGUCAAUUGGAACCAGUCUGGGUAGAGAUUGGAAGAACUGAGGUAAUCAAGAACGACCUCGAUCCAGUUUUUAUGAAGACGUUUACGCUGCAUUAUCAUUUUGAGUGUGAACAAUUGCUUCGGUUUACGGUCUACGACGUGGACACGUGCCCGAAAGCUGGAAGCGACACGUCCUCCCUUGACUUAAAGAACCAGGACUACUUGGGACAGACCACUUGCACCGUUGCUGAGCUGGCGACUGCCAACGGCCAAGCACUAAUUAAGGAUUUGCAGGACCGAUCAAAGAAGCUGCAGUCGCCGAAUCAACAGCCAAGCACUGGCAUUGCGAAGAGAUGUGAGAAGGGGUCUGUGGGAUAUCUGUCAUCAAGGGGAAGCGGCAGGCGUGGCAGUGGCAAGAGUAGCCAAGCAGCUCAAGCUGAAGGAAGUGGAAGAGGCAAGACCCCAAGCCCAAGGGGCACCCUUACGAUUCAUCUGGAGGAGGUGGGUUUGCUAAGCCAUGGGAUAGUUAAUCUCCGGUUUCAGGCGAAGAAGCUCGAGAGGAUGGAUUUAUUUGGCAAAAGCGAUCCUUAUCUUGUGAUAUUAAGGUCUUUUGAGGAUGGUAGUUAUGCACCUGUGUACAAAACAAAGGUCAUCCGUCGGUCUGUGGACCCUGAUUGGGAACCCAUCUCCAUCUCAUUACAACAGCUGUGCAAUGGCGACAAGCAAAGUCCGCUGAGACUUGUGUGUUAUGACUACGACCGGUUCUCGGCCGACGAUCUCAUCGGGAUGGUCGACAGAUCAGUGAACGAGCUGUGUGGCGAUGCAGCGAGGGUGAAGGAGUUGGGGAUCGACGCGCCGUUGGCAGCGAUUGGUUUGACACUUACACGAGAGAAGAAAGGCAAGAAGAAGGUGGAAGCAAAGGAGGAGAAGAGUGGGAGUGGGAAGAAGGGGAACUUCAACUUCCACUUCAAGUCGAAGGAGAAGGAGAAAGAGAAGAAGACGCCCAAAGUGAGGGGUUACUUAAUCUGCACGCAGUGCGAGGUGGAACAUAGGAAAUCGUUCUUGCAGUACGUCUUCGGUGGUGUGGAGAUCAGCUUUCACGUGGCCAUCGAUUUCACCGCAUCCAACGGUCACCCUUCCCACCCCAAUUCCCUUCAUUACAUGGACCCCCAGAACGACUGCAAUGUGACAAACGCUUAUCAGCAGGCUAUACUGGCAGUGGGUAGCAUCAUCGAGUACUACGACCGGGAUAAAUGGUUCCCUGCUUGGGGAUUCGGUGGGAGAGUGGCAGCAGGAAUGGUGUCCCACUGUUUCAAUCUGAACGGCAAAUCGGAUCCGCACAUGUCACAAGUGUACGGUGUGCAAGGUGUACUGGACUCCUACUCUAGGGCGCUCAAAGUGGUUACCCUGGCGGGGCCAACACUGUUUGCCCCGGUCAUUACCCGAUCCUCGGAGAUUGCAGAAACUCACUGGACGAAGGGACAGCCCAAGUACUCUGUCCUGCUCAUUCUGACAGACGGGGUCAUAAAUGACAUGCAAUCCACCAUAUCGGCAAUUAUCAGGGCAUCAAGCUUGCCUUUGUCCAUCCUGAUUGUAGGGGUGGGCAAUGCGGAUUUCAGCAGCAUGGAGGUGCUGGACAGUGAUGAUGAACCCCUCCAACUCGAUGGACACACGGCUCAGCGAGAUAUCGUGCAGUUCGUUUCCAUGAGAAGCAUAACCAGCCAGCAACACCUCGCGCGCGAAUUGCUGGCGGAGCUUCCGGGGCAGGUUACCCAAUUCAUGGAAUGGCAAAUGCCUGACUUUGCAACGUUGAUUCCUUCUCCUCCUCCUUCUCCUCAUCUUCCUCCUUGUCCUCCUCCUCCUCCUCCUCCUCCUCCUCCUUCUCCUCCUCUUUCUCUUUCUCCUCCUCCUCCUCUUUCUCCUCCUCCUCCUCCUCCUCCUCAGGUGGGAAUUGAGGUUUGUACAGGAAACAGUUAGUUUCGAGCAUCCUUGCAACCGCACGAGCCGCACGGCCGGGCGUGCGCGGCUCGUGCGGGAAGGUGCGCCGCGGGAUGUGCGGAACAUGCCCCUGCGCCGCACCAGCUUGUCAUCGAUGCGGAAGGGGAAGGGUCACGGGUGUACUAGCUAGUAAGGAAGAGAUCCUGUCGGGCAUUAGAAAUGACAGAAAUAAAGCCUACUAGGCUCA